CCGUGGUUACUUUGGCUGAGUGUGGCUGGAAGAGCUGAUCUCACACACACAUAUAGCAGCAGUCACUGGCACACACAGAGCCAUACCCAGCCAGGGCACAGGCGGCACAGAAGCAACCGCAGGAUUUACCUUCAGUCAUUCCCCUUGGAGACUGGCUCUAUGCACUGACUGCAUCCAGCUGGAUCACUCAGCACAGCUUCCCUCUCUGGGCUGGUCCCCGGGGACGAAUCAUAGUGCCAGGCGGGCACAGGAAGCGCAGUAAGGGCUGGCGGCUCCGUGCUCUGACAAAGUGGCUGCAGGCGAUGCCAUAGGAUAAGCGGGCACCGGGCAGCAGCAGGAGCUCUUCUCAGUUUGGAGUUGUGUCUUGUGUUUUCCCCCCGGGAGUGCGCUGAUAUUCCGGAGCGUGGAGGACUGAUCCUCUGGGGGAAUUGGUUGGAUACAUCCCCUGCUAGUGCUGGACUUGUUACUACACCUUCUGGCUGGAGUUGGCAGAGGGAGCUCGCUGGGCAGAGGAUCCCGCAUUGGAUCGGGGUAACCCCGCACCAUGGCACUCGGCAGGGACGCGUUGUGGAAGUACAGCUUGGGAUUUUGGAUCCUGUUGGUUAGGACUGCUAUCUCCCGGUCCUUAGUAUUAGACCCCAUUUACUGGAAUUCCUCCAACCCCAAAUUCCUUCCCGGACAAGGGCUGAUACUUUAUCCACAAAUAGGAGAUAAACUUGAUAUUAUAUGCCCCAAAGUGGACUCCAAAUCUACAGCCCAAUACGAGUAUUAUAAAGUCUACCUAGUGGAUAAGGACCAAGCAGAUAGCUGCACUAUAAAAGACAAAACACCUUUGCUGAAUUGUGCUAAACCAGACCAAGAUGUGAAAUUCACCAUCAAGUUUCAAGAGUUCAGCCCAAAUCUCUGGGGACUGGAAUUCCAGAGGAACAAGGACUAUUACAUCAUAUCUACAUCUAAUGGUUCAAUCGAAGGGGUGGAUAACCAAGAAGGAGGAGUGUGUGUAACUAGAGCCAUGAAGAUCCUCAUGAAGGUUGGACAAGAUGCGGACUCUCCAGGUACCAGUUUAAAUGCAAGUCCAACAAGACGUCCAGACCACGAGUCUGGUACCAAUGGGAAGAGUUCAACCACUAGUCCAUAUGUCAAUGGCCCUAAAAGUUCUAGCACAGAUGGCAAAAGUUCUGGACAUACAAGUAUCAUAGGAUCCGAAGUGGCCUUAUUUGCUGGGAUUGCUUCAGGGUCUAUCAUCUUCAUCGUCAUUAUAAUUACUCUAGUGGUGCUUUUGUUGAAAUACAGAAGACGACACAGAAAGCAUUCACCUCAACAUACAACAACUUUGUCCCUUAGUACAUUAGCCACACCAAAGCGCAGUGGCAAUAAUAAUGGUUCAGAGCCAAGUGACAUUAUCAUCCCUCUAAGGACUGCAGACAGUGUGUUCUGUCCCCAUUAUGAGAAGGUCAGCGGAGAUUACGGACAUCCUGUUUACAUUGUACAAGAAAUGCCACCACAGAGUCCAGCAAAUAUUUACUACAAGGUUUGAGGUAUUCGGUGGCACCUUUUGACAAUACUAAGGACAAAUAAAGGUCUGUUGCUUCCUGAUGGGGUUUUUUGGUGAUCCCUUAUGCAUAAAUAUGGACUUGUAUAGGGGAACAGGCACAAGAGAAAACCUUUCUUCAGAGAAAGCCGCACAGUUUAUGGGAUCUGAUGGUUCCUGUGAAAAGUGUUCACUGCAAGCUGGAAGACUUUGCAACAAAAUACCCAACCUGAUAGCUAUACCCUGGUCAUGUUCACCCUCCUCAAAGCCAUGAGCGCCAGGCAUCCAAGCAUAUACGAAAACCAGGUUAAUAUAGACAUAUUCAAGGACAUUAUUCAUCUGAGGCAUUUUAAGGAUACUCUAGAAUAUUAAUCUUGAAAUGCAAUGUCCUGAUCUCAUAACAACUAGAUUUUUCAAUGCAUACUGGAUUUGUCAGAAACGUGUGUGUCUAAAACGUGAAAGAACACAAAAACUACAUUUUUUGCAUUUUAGUCUUUCACUGUUUCAUUUUUGUCUGUUGUCUAUGAUGACUUUAUCCUUCACAUAAGAUUCCCCCUCACUCCACCUCCUUAAUCACUAAUGGAACAUUAACCUUUGCGGACUCUUACUCCAUCCACUGUACCGCAGUUACACUUGAAUGGGUAAUAUAUUAUGGAAAUUGUAUUUGCUAAUACAGAGCCUUCCAGCAAGACGUUAGACUGUCGGCAAGUACAGGAGUCCAUGGGAUAAAGAGAUGGUUGCAGUUAAAUCCUGCUGCCACUGAAAUCAAGCAUAGGAAAAAAACCUACAUAGGCAGCAAAGCACUUUUAUAUCUUAGGAUGUGAACGGCAAAUGAGAUGCAGUGGAGUAAGACUGCACCAGACGGAUUUCUGUCUUGUAGCACUAUCUAGUAGCAGUGUGUGUUAUUCCAGAAUACUUUCACUACAAGUAAAGACAAAGAAGUAUUUUUAGACAAAUGAUAAGCAGGUAGAGAAGGACAAUAGUAAGUCGUUAGGAGGCAAGACUGUUGGCGACAAAGGCAAUAAGAGAAUGUUGUAUGAAAAUCCUAGUCUGUUUGUGACUGAAUUCAUAAGUGGUCUCAGGUGCUAUACUGACCAUAUUAUUCCUCAGCUAGGAAAAGCUUUCUAGAUAAUAACAGAAAGCCAAAUGUGACCUGUGCUUCUAGAGUCAGAGGUCAUAGAAGAGCAGAUGUUCCACUAGUCCGUGAAAAUAUGAAAUUUUAUUUUUCUCUCUUUGAUAUGAAUUUGAGAAAGCCAUUUACCUGGUCCUUCUAAAACAAAAUCAUUGGAUGUGUUUUCUUUGUGAUCACACUGCCUAGAGGGGUGGAGCAUUGGUAUUGUAGGUGACACGGCAUUUAGCUGGUGCUCUGUUUCAAAGUAAAGCACAUAUGGCAAACAUGUUACAGUUCUUAGGUAUAACAUAAAUUAUUAGUAUGGGGAGCAGGAAAGAAUAAAAAAUGACUUAUUUAAUAGGAGAAUAGCACAGGGGAUAUAUAGUAAAAAGAUUUUACUAAUAUAUAAUUUAAUAUUGCACAGCCUGCCCCUCCAGAAGAUGUGAAAUCCAUUUUGCAACAGUUAAAUAGACUUAACUUUAAGCAAUACAGCAUAGAAUCAGACGCUGCUUCUGGGGGGGAAGAGAGCAACUAGAUUCCAAAAAUAACAAUAAUGAGAAAAAGGAAAAAUAACAAAGACCUCUAAAGGCGUCUUACACAAGAGCAGACUAGGAAGUUCCAGCCCAAAAAAGCAGGAAAUCAGUAUUACUACAUCGUACGUAUAACAAAGAUGAGAAGAUGUUUUGUCAGUCAUUUUCUGCAUUAGAAUUUCCUUUUGCCUUAAUGCAACAAUGUUACUAGACUUCAGCAGGUUACAGAGAGCAAUACCUAUUUUAUUUUCUUCUACCUUUUAUUUCCUGUCACCGUCCCUCUUCCCUCCUUUCUUCUUUCUUUUUUUUCUUCUUUCUUACAUUUAUGUGCUAUGCAAAACAGAUAUCAUCAACACCGUCCUGUUUCUAUGGUAACACUUUGCUCUCUGAAUUGGAAAGAAAAAAAAUUAGUAACAGCGUUUUAAGGUUCUCGAGUCUCUAAGGAGCACCUGCAACGAUGAACUGUCAGAGGAUUGAUUGCUCUCCUUUUUUCUUGAACCUGAAAAUGUUGUUGGCAAGAAGGAAUAGUUGUGUGGUCAGAUAAACAAAUGAUUGAUGGCAAUUAUUUCUUAACAUUUACAACACACUUUUUUUUAUAUUCCAACAUGACGCAUGUAAUUGUUCAGCAUCCUAACGUAACAUGUAAAAUAAAGGUACACUCAUAUGAUAGGAAUGACCUAUCUUCAGUGUUACCUUGUUUUGGCCAUCCUCUUUGCUACCAGAAGGAACUUAUAUAAUUUUUUUUUUUUUUUUACCAUCUUUUGGCAAUGUCCUUCUUUUUAUUAAAGCUGUGAAAAUCUUGGUAACCAAUGCAUCAACCUGCAGUAUCAAACCUUUUAUUUUAUGUCUGUUUUGUGUCUGACGCCGAAUGACAAUCUUCAAACUGUUCCCUUUUGUUUAGAAGUUGGUUCAGGUUUGGAAAGUUUUUCUGUAAAUGCCUUGCUUGUGAGAUCAUGUGAUCCUCACCUGACUUAGGAAUUUGCACCAUUAUGUCAAAGCAAAGAUGCUGUAAAUAUGUUAAGAAAUGUAUCUGGAUUUGGGGUGUGUCCGUAGCCUUAUCACCUUUUUAAAUAUUAAUAUAGAAAAAAAAAUUACACUUGGAAAAAAAAAGACAGAAAAUGGAUUUUCUUAACCAGAUUGUGUACAUAGAGCAAUGUUGGAUUUUUUUACAAAGUCUAAGCAAAAUGUUUUGUAUAAAAUUGAAUUUUUGCUAUGUAUUUAGCUACCGCUUGUUUAAAGGCAGUGUCAUUUUCCCUUUGCACUGUAAUGAGAAAGAAAAGGUAAAAAGGUUGCCAAAUUGCUGCAUAUAUGUGCCGUAAUUGUGUACCAUGAAUAUUUAUUUAAAAUAAUUUUUUUGUCCAAUUUUGUAAGUAACACAGUAUUAUGCCUGAGUUUAUAAAUAUUUGUUUCCUUUUUUUAAGAAACGAAAUAGCCUUUCCUAGGUUUACAAGUUUUGCUUUAGUUUCACAUUGUAUUUAGCCCUUCAGCCCGUUCCCUCCCAUACAACAAAACUCUGAAAUUUCACAUUCCACGUCUGUUUCAAACUGAAUUUGUUCUUAAAAAAUAAAAUAUUUUUUCCUAUGGAA